ACACGGACUUCAGUCACGAAUCGUCGAUUGCCGAUCACCGAUCAUGGGCUGCUCCUGGUCGCGAUCCGAGCAGGUGGAUGCCAGUGCCACGCCCAAUGCCCUGCAGGCGGGCAUUCCCGCCCAGCGUCUUCAGAGGAGGCGUCGCCAGGAGGAGAAGCGAGUGCGCCAACUCCAGAAGCUCCAGAAACGCAAUGCCCGCAAACGUCGUCGCAAGAGAGGCUCCGGAUCGGGAUCCAGCCCAGGUGGACCCAUUUCCUUGGGUCGUGGGGGUUCCAUUCAAAGGCGUCGCCUUAGCGAAAAAACGCAUCCCGAUCUCGCCCUGCAAUUGCGUCUACUGGGUGGCAGCAAUGGGAGCAGUGCCACCGAGUACAUGAGUGCCCUGUAUGCCAGGACAUUGGAGCAACAGCGCGAGGAGCUCCAGCGGACCGUGGAGCAGAAGACCCUGCGCCAACUGGACCGGGAACUGCACACCUUCCUGCUUAACCAACUGCUUCUGGGUGUCCAGUUCUUCGGGCACUUUGAGGCCGAGAUGAGCGUGGUCGAUGCCCAAAUCCUGGCCAGGCGGCGCAACUGCUCCGCCGAGAAGCUGGCCGAGCACAGCCUGCUCCAGAGCAACGCCAUCGAUGCGGCAGUCGCCAGGAACCUGCUCUUCAAGCCGGCAUCCUCCAAGAUCCCGCCACAUCCGCUGCAGAAACCCGUCACCUAUGUGGUCUUCGAGAACGUGGACGUGGCCCGACCCCACGAUGCCAACUACGACACCGUGGCGGCGCUGUGCAAGGUGCUCCUGGAGACGGACUACUACCGCACCACGCCCUGCUCCUCCCAGUUCGUCCAGCUGAUGGAGCAGACCAGGUGGAAGGGCUACGUGCGCCUCAAGUUGCGCGAGCAAUUCCCAAUCCCGCCGGCGAGCAGCAGCAGCUGCACCAGCUCACCCCUGCCCGUUGGCAGCGAUGAGGAGUGCAUCUACGGGGACGUUGGGUCCUCCUCCUCCUGCUCCUCAUCCUCAGGCUACAGCUCGGGGCACUACGACUAUGUGUACCUGGCCAGGUUGAAUACUCCGCGGCCACUGGAUGAGCUGCGACUUGGUCGAAGGUUUGAUUUCCAGAGGAAUGUGCUGCCGGUGAGUUGCAUCCUUCGUUUGGCCAACUGUUUGCCUCCUUGGCUGGAGCAGACCGACGACGAGGACUCAUCCUCCGCCUCCUCCUCCAGCGACGACGACGAGGAGGAGAAGGAUCAGGAAAGUCCUGGGGAUCGCAAGUAUCCACCGGCUGGCUAUGAGACCGUGGAGGUACUUCGCCAAUGCCAUGUGGAGCAACUGCAGCAGUGCUACCUCAGUUCGCAGCAGUUUAUGCUGUAUUUCGGGGAGGUGCUGCGCCACCAUCUGGCCACCCAACUGGGCAUUGGACAGUCCCAACUUGCCGCCGGUUCGUAUCGUGGCUGCAGUGUUUAUAUCGCUCAUGAGGAGCUGGUGCCCGCCAUCCAUGUGCCCCAUUCCUGGCCAGAUUGCGCCUUUGAGUUCUGGCUGAGGGCUCGUCCGCGGCUGACCAAUCUCCACACGGCCGAGGAAUUCCAAUGGCCCACGGAGCAGAUGAAGAAACGCAUCCGAUCCUUUGGAUUCCAUGUCGUCCCGGUGGGCUAUGCUCCCAAGCACUCGAGGAAUCCCUUCAGGGAGCUAGAGUGGCGCAUUGUCUUCCCGCAGGCGGAGCAGUUUCUCGAGCGGCACUGCCUGACGCCCAUGCAACUGAAGGUGUUCCAGCUGAUGAAGCUGCUGGUCAAGACCUUUGUGGAAGGCCAAUCCCCAUCGUCGGGCCAAACUGGCCAAUCUCCGGGAGCUCUGCUCGAGCAGCUGAGGUCCCAUCUGUUUUGGCAGUGUGAGCAGCACAGCAACGACUGGCCCGAGGAGUUCCUGGGCGAGCGCCUGGUGCGAUUCAUCCGCUCCUUCGACGCCUGUCUGGCCAAGAAACACCUGAGCGACUACUUCAUCGAGCGGCGGAAUCUCUUCGAGCACGUCCCGGAGGAUGCGCUGAUGAAGUUGCGCACCAUCAUGGCUGGCAUCGCGGAGCAACCACUCGUCCAUGUCGUCCAGGCGCUAAGGAACCUCAAGCACGCUCCCGAUUUCUAUCCACAGCUGGACCACAAGCGUCUGCUGGACAACCUCUUCAGUCAGGAUUACCUGGAGCUGCAUGGAUGGGGCAAGUUCUCGCGACCCCGCCAGGGAUUUCCCGCCCCGGAGGAUCACCCGGAGCAGCAGGUGGACAAGGGAAAACCCACGAAAAGGCAAGAGAUCACCGAUGCGGGGGGACUUUUGGGAUUGGCCCAGCACCAGGAGCGAUCGCGGGGAAAGCUGCGCCGGAAGACACAGCUCCUGAAGGCCACCACCAAUCAGCAGCAGCUGCAGCACUCGGAGUCGGAACAGAGGCGCUCCUCCCUGGACUCCCUGGAUCUCCAACUCCUAUUGACACGCUGCCAUCCAGAGGGAAAAAGCCAGGACACGGCCAGACCACAACUCAACAACGGUCUGGAGAUCCUGCGACGCAGCAAUCUGCUCGAGCUCUUGCUGGAUCACCUGCUGGCCAUGCUGACCCAUGCCAUUCGCUUUGGAAAUCGUGGACAUGCCCAGCUCUAUCUGGAGCAGGGUCAGCGAUUGUGUCGCCUCUAUCAGCACCUAGGUUGCUCCCAGCAGGCCAAGCACUUCAUCCAGGAACUCCAGGUGGCGGCCAACGAUAUGGAGGCCAUGUCCCGAGUCCCCACGCCAAACAUAGCCGUUGGAACCCCCCUCGCGGAGGAUGAAUCCCCGCCAGUGCAGAGGAAAUCCAUCAAGUUUCAGGAGCAUGUGGUGCAGAUACACACACCCGAUCCGCUGGCCAGGCCAAAUCCUCUGCCCCACCUGGAGAAGCACAAACUGAAUGGGAUUCUAAGAGGGCAUCUCCCAGCGGAGACGGAGGCCAUAGAAAUCCUGCAGGAGGAGGACAUCAGAAGUACAUUGCUGAAGGAAAUAAGAAGCCGCAUAGGGGAGACUAAGAACCAAAGUGCAGAUUCUAAAGAGAAUUCUAAAGAGGCUUCUGUAGAACCCCAAAUAGAAAAGGAAACGGCAUCGAAAUCAGAAUCGGGGGAUACGCCCAAGGACGAAACCCUCCUCUCGCUGAACGGAAUCCUCCAAAGACUAAAUCUGGACACGGAUAAGCUGCAAACGUUGAGCACCAAGACGGAGCAGCUGGUCCAAAAGGUAGCCCCUUCGGAGGCCAAGCGGGAGGAACUCAAGGAGAUCCUCAAGCGCAACACGCAGAAGCUCAAGGGCGCCUUUAAUUGAAGGGAAUACCACAUAGCCUAAGCCCUCAGUCGAUUAGUGAUAUAUAUACCGAUACAGAUAAACCCCAGGUGUGAUAAGAACGGUGAAAGAUAUGAUUGGGGUUUUAUAGUUAUAGCUCACCAUAAAAACCAUACGUAAUACCUUCUAAUCUUAGGCCAAUAUAUAUAUGUACUUGUA